AUAGGUGUACUAAUGCUUGUCGUUUUCUCAUGUUCUAUUAAUCUAUGAUGCUUGGAUUAACGAAUAUUUUAUAUCUACCUACUAUGUCAAGUCCAAUUGCUAGUGGCUAGAGUCUUGAAGAAACGUUAAUGGUUGAUUUUACUGCUGAUAUUAGUGAUUUGUGCUAUGUAAGAAUUUUUUACGUGGAUUGUGCUGAAUAGUGAUCCAUCCAAUUAAACUAGGUAACAUGGAAGUGUUUCAUCUCAAGGUCAACUCUGAACGUGCUUAUGAGCUAGCAGUAAUUGUCCAGUAUACCAAAGGUCAAACACAUUGCACUUGACUAUUUACAUAACAUAUACUAGUACUGCAGUGGUGUGCUAUACGCUAAUGCUACUAGUACGUUUGAAUGAACUUGAUUACCAGCUGUCGCAGCUAGCUAGAUUUCAACUAAUCUGCCGAUCGGCGGUGCAUGUGGUUUGGUACAUUAGUUAAAACAAUUGGUUUUGUGUGGUGUUAAUUUGAGUUGCUGUGAAGUGAUCGAUGUCUGCAAUUCACAUUGAAGAAAAGAAGGAAGGCGCGUAUGUAGACUUUUGAUAUCUUAUGGCCGGACUUUAUGAGCUGAGCUGCUAAUCUUGAUUAGUAGCUGCUAAGUAGAGACAAAAACAAGUCUGAGAACCAAUGAUAUGGGUGGAUGCAUGUAAUCCAUGCAUCCAGCAGGGCAUUACUUCAUCGUUAAUUAGCAUGCAUGUUAGUAUGAUCGAAGAAUCACUAUAUAUACUGAAUUGUAUACACUCCUAUUUUGCUUAGUACUAGUUUAGUAUUAUGUUUGUCGUGAUUAGCAGGCUAGUUGUUGUGUUGCUGAGCUAUAAAAGAAGAAGCUGUGGCAGCGUGCAGCCUCCCCUCUGAAAGCUUCUCGAUCCUCUGCAUCAUAUCGCCUUCAACUACUACUACUCUUGACGCCAUGGCCGGGAGCGGGACGCCGUGCGCGUCGUGCAAGCUGCUGCGGCGGCGGUGCACGUCGGAGUGCGUGUUCGCGCCCUACUUCCCGGCGGAGGAGGCGCAGAGGUUCGCGAUGGUGCACCGGGUGUUCGGCGCCAGCAACGUGAGCAAGAUGCUGCAGGAGGUGCCGCCGGCGCAGAGGGCGGACGCCGUCAGCAGCCUCGUCUACGAGGCCAACGCCCGCGUGAGGGACCCCGUCUACGGCUGCGUCGCCGCCAUCUCCUUCCUCCAGCACCAGGUCUCCCACCUCCAGAAGCAGCUCGCCCUCGCCCACGCCCACACCGCCACGCUGCAACUGCAGCUGCAGCUUCAGCACCAGCACCAGCACCAGCUGCAGCAAGAUCAUGAUCAACAUGAGCAUUGCAUCCUGCAAAAUGCUCUUCCCCAGCUGAUGCUGCAGGACGCAUUCCUCAAGAAAGAGUCCAUGUGGACCUAACGAUAUGACUCUUGUUUAAGCGUCCAUUUGAUCUUUCUACUUCGAUUUCUAUGAUAUAAGUAUUAUCGUCUCUUCUGUAAUUUCCCAAAGGAUGGGAAAAUUAAUGAAGAAAGAACAAUUUGGUGAAAUUAACCUACCUCGUCUCUCCAUUUCUGAUCAAAAGGCUUUCUGAAGCACCUGUUCACUUCGCGAAGAACCGUAUUAUAUUCAU